CCAUGAGUCAUUGUUUGCAUGCUAGAGUGACUUUGAGAGUCAGACCGCAGAGUUUGCAGUACAAGAGGAGGAUUCCAUUUCAGUAGAACGCCCACAUUGCUGUCCAUACCGAGGAGACUUUUAGCUUCCCCGAGUAGCCAUGGGCGAUCUGGGUCAGGCCAUCAAAAGUUGCGUGGAUGUCUUUGUGAAGUAUAGCGGCGAGGACAGCGACUGUUUGAAUGGUGAUGAGUUUAAGACAAUGGUGGAGAAAGAGCUCACCGCCUCUGAUUUUAAGGGGAAACUCAGUCUAAGCGAUGUCGACGAGGCCUUUAACAAGGUGGACAGGAACGACAAUGGCGAAAUCAACAUCCAAGAGUAUGCCAGAUGCAUUUCUCUGCUGAUAAAAGCUUACCACCGCAAAACUACUAAACCCAAAAAGAGUGGCAGGGGAGGCCGGGGUGGCAGACGGGACGACAAGGCGGAGGGUGACAUUGAAGAUUAGCGUUUUUAUUCAGGAAGUGUUCCACCUAUUUGUCUUGUUUCUCCCAAUAUUGUUUUUCAACCAUUGUCUGUAAACAUUGGCACUAAAUAAAAACAAUAAAGAUUGAUCAUUUUCACACAGUUUAA